AUGAAUUAUUUGAAUGCUCUAGAAAAUGUCAAUUUAGAAACAGUUGAAAAUUUAUUAAAAGAGAAUGCUCAAAUUCGUGAAAAAUUAGAUUUACAAGAAUCAAAAACGUUACGUUUAAAACGUGAAAUUGAAAUAUUAACAAGUCGUUUACACGUGUUAGAAGAUGAAAUUGAUACGUAUGAACAAGAGACAAGUGAUCUAAGACAACAAAUUAGGCAGCAGCGAUUAAAUAGUCCACAUAUUCAAUAA